AUGUCGUUGACCAACGUAUAUCACCUGCGACUGGUCGCAGAUACUUCUGCUAAAGCAUGUUUAAUUUGCUACAAGCCAUCAACCAGCGUGAUGAUCACGCCCGACAAUAAGGACUUUUUCUACGUGUGCCCCGCACAUCUCCAAGACCGCCACUUCUGCUCACCCAUCGUCGAUGCCGAGGGCGAAGCGGCGCGAUUGAAAGAACAGAAGUUGGCUGAAGAGAUUGAAAAUGUUAAAAAAGAGUAUGAGGAAAAACAGAAACGGAAGAAGGACCGCGAAAAGGCAUCCAGCAAGGACGAUAAAGACAAGGGAAAAAAGGAGAAAAACAAGGACAAAGUCGCCUCUCAAGACAAAAAUACUGUCGACUCUAAUAGUCAGGAUGAGAAAGAAAGAGAUGAGAAGAUCGAUUCUAUCAAGAAGAGGACAGAAUCAAAACCAGAGAAUGGUCCCCGAGUCUUUGCUUUACACAAAACGUUCUAUCAAAUGCGCAUCGAUCGAUUACGCGGCAUCGAGAUGGCCAAAAGAAACCAGGAGAGGAUGAGAAACCCUUCACUCUUUCCUUCUGUCCCAAGGAAGGACCUCUAA